AUGUCCUCUGCUCCAGCCUCCAGGUCCCAGCACCAUCUCCAGGGCAAAGUGUGUCCGGCGUGGCUCUGCCUCCUGCUCCUGCUGACCACCUGUGCACCUGCCACCAGCACCAGCCCUGGCAUCGAGGCCCGGCUGACCCAGAGAGCACUGGAAUUCGGCCGUCAGUUUGGGCUGGAGCUGCUCCAGUCACUGCUGAAGAAGGAACAUGAGUUGAACCUGAGGGGCUCCUACCACAGCCCGCUCCUGGGGACGUUCACUUACACCGUGCCCUGGAUCCACAUCCAUGAGCUGCAGAUGAAUGACUCCACGGUGACCUUUGCCGAGGACGUGGGGGUGACGCUGAGGGUGCAGCGCGCCCGUGUCCAGCUCCGCGCCGACUGGGGAGCACAGCUGGGGGCCAUCCAGGACAGUGGCUCCCUCGAGCUCCGCGUGCAGGACCUGGCCGUGGCGGCGGUGCUGGGGGUGGGCGUGGGUGACGGUGGCCGCCCCACCAUGUGGAGCGCCGGCUGCGACGCCCGCAGCACCCACCUGCACCUGGAGUUCCACCGUGGGCACAGCUGGCUCUACAACCUGCUGACACCACUGCUCCAGAGAGCCCUGCGGCAAGAUCUGAACAAGCAGAUCUGCCUUGAGCUCCGCAAGGGCAUCAACAGGCUGGAGACUGCCCUGAAGCACAUGAAAGUGUCCACCCAGCUGGAUGCCUUUGCAGCCAUUGACUGGUCCCUGCUGAGGCAACCGGCCAUCACAGCAGAGCACGGGGACGUCGCCCUCAAGGGCGAGUUCUUCAGGGUGGGCAAGAGCCAGCAGAGCCCCUCCUUGCUGCUGCCUGUGGCACUGCCCACAGCUCUGCCCACAGACCUGCCCGUGGCACACAAGCCUAUGCUGCUGUUUGCUGUCACCGAGGUCGUCACCAACUCAGCUGCCUUCACGUACUUCAUGGCCGGGGCCCUGCGCAGGAACAUCUCUGGUGACAUGCUCCCACAGAGGUUCCCGCUCCAGCUGAGGACCAAGAGCAUGGGGGUCUUUGCCCCAAAGCUGCAGGAGCUGUACCCAAACCAGCCCAUGGAGCUGCACCUCUGGGCCCGCCAGCAGCCCCUGCUGUCCUGCCAACCCCACGCCCUGCAUGGGACCCUCUUCGGCUCUGUCGAGGCCUUCGUGGUGCUGCCCAACGCCACCCGUGUCCCCACCUUCCUGCUGGACAUUGAUGCCAACGUGACAGGGAAGCCAACCAUCACCAGGAACAGGCUCGGAGGUACCGUGAAGCUGACAGGGCUCAGUGUGACACAGGUGACAUCGCACGUGGGCCCGGUGGAGGUAAAGAGGCUGGAGACAGCACUGAAGUUCGGGCUGUGGCUUUUCGGGGUGCCCCGGGCAAACAAGUGGCUCCAGGCCGGCAUCCCCCUGCCCACCCCACACGGCCUCAGCCUGCUCAACCCGCGGCUCUCGGUGCAGGAGGGCUUCGUGCUCAUCACCACGGACCUGCAGUACGAGCCAUGAGACGAGUUGCUGCGUGGGAACCUUGUGGGUCCCUCAUGAGCUGUGUCCCUCUCACCACCCCGGGGGAGCUGAUGCCAUCGCGGCCCCGUGUGUGGCAGGGCCACCCAGCCGU